AUGAGACAGACUAUAAGACCUGUAAUUUCAUCAUCAACCAAGAACAAACCACAAACACACACCACUAAAUCAGCAAUAGAGUUUGUCUAUAUGUCUACAUAUAUAUGUAUAUAUAAAGGACUAAUCUAUAAGAAUAGUUCAACAAUGAAUGAUAUAAAGAAUAGAGUCGCAAAGAAAGUUUCGUAUAAAUAUCUUACCAACUCAAAGACAAAGCCAGCAAUAGAUGAAAAUUGUCCGAAUGGCAGAACAACCGCGUGUCUGACACUGUCAACUCAAAAUAGGACUGAAUCCAAAAACGGAUCAAUAUUAUUAAAAAACCAAAAAACGACCGAAAAUCAAUCCCCUUUUAAUGAUUCCAACAACAACAAAAAAACACUGACAGUCACAACUACAUAUUCUGUUUAUUCAUAG